ACAUCAGCUUCUUUUUUGCCUCUAGUUCUCGUCCAACCAACCAACCAAAAAAACCAGAAAGAACUGGCUGAGAGAUCAGUAGAGCUGAGAUACAACAAGAAGAACAAAAAAGGGCAACUCCCUCUAUUGUGUAACUCAUAACAAUGGCCUUUUCUUCAUCAUCCUCUUCUCUAUUACUUCAUUUCAAGCUUCCCCUUCCUCAUACUCAAAACCCAUUUCGUAGAUUUUCUUCAAAUUCUUGUUAUGUACCCACUAAGAUUUUACCCAAAUGCUGUUCUCAAAGCUUUAAGUCACGGACUUUGUUCAAGUGUUACUCCCAAAGACAGUCAAGUGAACAAAAAACUGAAGAAAUAUUGGAAGGAGAAGUAGUGGGUAUAAGGGAAGAAGUGUAUGACUUUGAAAGACUGUUUUCUAACCUCAAUCAAGCCACUUUGAAGAGAGAAGCAGGAAGCCUCAGCAGCGCCAUUUUUCUCGUUGCUGGCACCACUGUAGGUGCAGGUAUUCUUGCUAUUCCUGCAGUCACACAAGAAUCUGGAUUUCUAGCGUCUGCAGUAGUUUGCAUUAUUUGCUGGAUUUUUAUGGUAGUGACUGGACUACUUAUUGCGGAAGUAAAUGUGAAGACAAUGUGUGAGCUUGGUUCAGGCGGUGUUUCAUUGGUAUGAUAAUUAUUGAUCUGAGCAUAGAUUUUCUUUCUUCCUUCUUCAAGAAAUUAUAUUAAAUUACUCAGACCUGUCAAGAACAGAGAAAGCAUGAGAGAAAUUGAAGAAUGACUAUCUCCAUUACUUGAUUCAAAUACAUCAGAUACAUUGGUAUUUAUACACAAGAGAAAAUAUCCUACACUAAGGGGUCGUUUG